CUGUCACUAUCGCGUAGUGACAGGCGUGGAUGUUGUUGUUGUUGUCACUUAUGAUUAUGGAUGUGCGUAGGCAUUCAUGUCAUGUGUUAAAGUAAAUCAUCCCUAAUUAUUUUUUUGUAUCCGGAUACAUUCGACUAAGCGCACUUUGACGCUUUGCGGGCUAGCUUAGAUUGCUAGCUGCUAACAAGCCAGAAGUGAUCAAAAAGACAUCGCUACGCAGAGAUCAAAGUGUGAGUGUAAAGUGUUGUGAUUGUGUCAUAAAAUGUGCGAAAGAACGAUUGCGGAGCACGAGGAGGAACAUUCUCGAACAAAAGAAGAGAACGAGCAACAACAUGAAUUGGACGCUGUUUUCCAGACAAAUCAAGUUGUGUCACACACAGAAGCAGGGGUCUCAAACUCAAUUUUCCUGGGGGCCACUGGAUGCAGAAACUGGACAUUGGUGAAGAACGUAGCCUCAGAGCGGAGCAGAAGGAGCCACAGCCCCCCCACAUUAAAGAGGAAGUUGAGGAACUCCCUCACAUCAAAGAGGAAGAGGAGGAACACAGCAUCAGUCAGGAGGGAAAGCCUCCUAAAGGACUGGAGGAUGUUGAUGUCACCAAGUUUUCAGUGAUUGGUGUCAUUGUGAAGAGUGAAGAUGAUGAAGAAGAUGGUGUAAAUGAAGAGACGAGGCAGGAGUUUCUGUUUGCAGGCUCCACUACUCAACGCAUGACAACAGAAGCUGAUGGAGACCACUUCGGAGCAUCACAAGCAGCCAUCGUAGCUCCACUAUCAGAUAAUGUUGACACAAUGUCACACUCUUCUGACACCGAUGAUGAAGACUCUAAAGCUGAAAUGUUAUAUCACACUGACAACAUGCCUUGGAAAUGUUUUCAGUGUGACAAAACCUUUAGCAACAAGGGAAAUCUCAACAUGCACAUGAAGAUCCACUCAGGAGAGAAAACCUUUUCAUGCUCAUUUUGUGGUAAAACAUUCUUUCAGAAGGCAAAUUUGACAGCACACACAAGAACACACACAGGAGAGAAACCUUUUUCUUGCUCCGUGUGUGGUAAAAGAUUUUCUAAAAAUGAUGGUUUAAAAAGACAUGCAGGAACACACACUAGAGAGAAACAUUUUCUCUGCCCGGUGUGUGGUAAAAAAUUCUCUAAAAAAGAUGGUUUAAAAAGACACACCAGAAUACACGAUGUUGAGCAACCUUUUUUCUGUUCAGUGUGCAAAGCACAUUUUGGUGACAGUUCUGUCCUGGCUCGACACAUGAGAGGACACACUGGAGAGAAACCUUUCACCUGCUCAGUUUGCGGUAAAGGAUUUUAUCAUAAGUCACAUUUUAAGGAACAUACCAGAAUACACACUGGAGAGAAACCGUUUCCUUGUUCGUUGUGUGGUAAAAGUUUCUCUAAAAGACAUGGUUUAAACAGACACACACAAACACACACUUGAGGGGAAAAAAACACAUUUUGUUUAUUGUAUGAUCAGCGGUUCUCAAAUAAGGUUGUGUAUUGUUUACAUAUCCGACACUAGUGUCGAAUCAAACUCUACUUUAAAAAAGGUAACCACAACACAACUGAUGUUUAAAAUUAAAUGUAUAUAUAUUUUUUACAAAAUGUAUGAAAUUCAAGUUGCUUUGAUUAUCAUUUAAAUAUUUCAUUAAUAAAAAUUAGAUAAUUGAAUAAUACAUUCACAAAAAGGAUAUUUUGAUAUUAAUUUCUAAUGAUCUCAAUUUACCCAAAAACAUCUGAAAUUAGCAUACGAUGCACUGCAUACGAUGCACCAAACGUGCAUAAGUAGCAAGGCACAACAUUCAGUUCAGAUGCUGUAUGUAUAUGACAAAACUUACAUUUAGUCGUCAAGGCACACAAGGCUGGCUGCCAAAAUUGAUCGAAAGCGGGCUAUUCUGACAGACGUGCUUGAAGGGGAAAAUGACGUCACAGAUUGAAUUACCAAAUUAAAGGCACAGGAACAUUACAGAACUAGUUAACUGCACACAAUAGACUUUUGUACAGUAACCUAAAUGAAACAAAACAUCCAAAUUAGGGAGAAAAUACCUAAACUAAACAAAUACCAAAUAUAAUCCUAAUGCAACUAAAUUAUUUCAGAAUAAUUCAACCUAAACACUACAUACAGAAAUAAAUGAAUAGCUCCAACAGAUGCUAAAAGUUCAACUUCAACUGUUAAAGUUAAAGUGCCAAUGAUUGUAACACACACUAGGUGCGGUGAAAUUAUCCUCUGCAUUUGACCCAUCCCCACAGGAGAGCUGUGAGCAGCAGCGGUGGCCGCGCCCGAUAAUCAUUUGGUGAUUCAACCCCCAAUUCCAACCCUUGAUGCUGAGUGCCAAGCAGGGAGGUAAUGGGUCCCAUUUUUAUAGUCUUUGGUAUGACUCCACUGGGGUUUGAACUCACGACCUACCGAUCUCAGGGCGGACACUCUAACCACUAGGCCACUGAGCAGGUUCCCAUUUGCAAUAAAAACUAGCAUAUAGUUCUAACCACUUUUAAGUAUUAAGUCACAAUUACAAACGAAUCUCAAAAAGUGCUAUUCCCUUAGACCAGGGGUCUCAAACUCAAUUUACCUGGGGGUGGCUGGAGGCAGAUUUGGGUGGGGCUAAACCGCAUCAGGUAUUCCACAAGAAAAGCUUUGUUGAAAAAAAUCCCAAUCUUCCCAAAUUAAGUUUAAAGUUAAAGUACCAAUGAUUGUCACACACACACUAGGUGUGGCGAAAUUAUUCUCUGCAUUUGACCCAUCAAAAUUAUAAUAUACGAAGGUCCUGGGUUCGAUCCUUUCUGUGUGGAGUUUGCAUGUCCUCCCCAUGACUGCGUGGGUUCCCUGCGGGUACUCCGGUUUUCUCCCACCUCCAUAGACAUGCACCUGGGGAUAGGUUGAUUGGCAACACUAAAAAAUUGGCCCUAGUGUGUGAAUGUGAGUGUGAAUGUUGUCUGUCUAUUUGUGUUGGCCCUGCGAUGAGGUGGCGACUUGUCCAGGGUGUACCCCGCCUUCCACCCGAUUGUAGCUGAUAUAGGCUCCAGCGCCCCCCGCGACCCCGAAGGGAAUACGCGGUAGAAAAUGGAUGGAUGGAGUAAAUACAUGUUUGGGGAUGUGGAAUAUUUUGUAAUUCCACUUUGUGCCACUAUCGUGUUUAGCCAACGCAUAGAGAACGUCAUUUUCGCAAUGUACGUCAUUUCUGCUUUUUCCUGUUCAGCAGCACGGCGGAGGAUAAUAGCCUGUUAGCAGUCUCCUUUGUUUUUGUUGAUGUCUUUAAAGGGGAACAUUAUCACAAUUUCAGAAGGGUUAAAACCAUUAAAAAUCAGUUCCCAGUGGCGUAUUUUAUUUUUCGAAGUUUUUUUAAAAAUUUUACCCAUCACGCAAUAUCCCUAAAAAAAGCUUCAAAGUGCCUGAUUUUAACCAUCGUUAUAUACACCCGUCCAUUUUCCUGUGACGUCACAUAGUGAUGCCAACACAAUCAAACAUGGCGUAUAGAACAGCAAGAUAUAGCGACAUUAGCUCGGAUUCAGACUCGGAUUUCAGCGGCUUAAGCAAUUCAACAGAUUACGCAUGUAUUGAAACGGAUGGUUGUAGUGUGGAGGCAGGUAGCGAAAACGAAAUUGAAGAAGAAACUGAAGCUAUUGAGCCAUAUCGGUUUGAACCGUAUGCAAGCGAAACCGACGAAAACGACACAACAGCCAGCGACACGGGAGAAAGCGAGGACGAAUUCGGCAAUCGCCUUCUAACCAACGAUUGGUAUGUGUUUGUUUGGCAUUAAAGGAAACUAACAACUAUGAACUAGGUUUACAGCAUAUGAAAUACAUUUGGCAACAACAUGCACUUUGAGAGUGCAGACAGCCCAGUUUUCAUCAUUUAAUAUAUUCUGUAGACAUACCCUCAUCCGCUCGCAAAUUUCUUUGACUUUAUCGUUGGAAAUGCAUGUGCUUUGAGUGUCGCAGGAUAUCCACACAUUCUUGCCAUCUCUGUCGUAGCAUAGCUUUUGUCGGUAAAGUGUGCGGAACAAACGUCCAAUUUCUUGCCACUUUCGCAUCUUUGGGCCACUGGUGCAACUUGAAUCCGUCCCUGUUCGUGUUGUUACACCCUCCGACAACACACCGACGAGGCAUGAUGUCUCCAAGGUACGGAAAACAGUCGAAAAAACGGAAAAUAACAGAGCUGAUUUGACUCGGUGUUUGUAAUGUGUUUGAGAAAAUGGCGGAUUGCUUCCCGAUGUGACGUCACAACAUGACGUCAUCGCUCCGAGAGCGAAUAAUAGAAAGGCGUUUAAUUCGCCAAAAUUCACCCAUUUAGACUUCGGAAAUCGGUUAAAAAAAUAUAUGGUCUUUUUUCUGCAACAUCAAGGUAUAUAUUGACGCUUACAUAGGUCUGGUGAUAAUGUUCCCCUUUAAUGACAUGAACACCAUAGCACUUUAACUUAACUAUGGGACGGCGUGACUCGGGUGGUAGAGCGGCCGUGCCUGCAGCUAGAGGGUUCCUGGUUCAAUCCCAGCUUCCGCCAUCCUAGUCACGUCCAUGUCCUUGAACAAGACACUCCACCCUUGCUCCUGAUGGAUCAGGCUCGUGCCUUGCUUGGCAGCUUCCACCAUCAGUGAGUAAAUGUGUGUAUGAAUAGUUGAAUGUGGAAAUAGACUCAAAGUGCUUUGAAUACCUUGAAGGUAGAAAAGCGCUAUAUAAGUAUAAUCCAUUUACCAUUUAGAAAGUACCGCGAUUGCUCCCGGAGUGUUAUCCUCUAUGCUGUUACUCGAAAAAAAGUGGAAAUCACUUUGUGCUGUUGUUGUGGUAAACGUAGUAAUAAAAGACAAAUGAAAUCAAAUAGAAAUAUAUGUUGUGUUAAUCAUGUGAAGUAAAGCAAAUACUUUGCAAAUAACACUAUGCAAAUGCAAACUAAUGACUUACAAUUAACGGUUUGAUUCUAUAAUUGGUCCGGGUUGUCGGUGACGUUUAUUGCCUCCGGCCUGCCUGUUUGCCUCGUGUGUUUUUUGAUUUUGUGCCUAAGCCUUUUGUUGCAGUGCCUUUUUGUUCUAUUGGCACUGUAGUUUUUGUUUUUUUGAAUCAUUAACAGUGUGGACAAUAAAAGACUU